AUUCACUCUUUCUGUUCAUCAUAAUAAACCCAAUUUCAAGCCACCUCACCUGCUUUUCUUUAAGGCAAACCCAUCAUCAUCUUGUGAUCAAAAACCCUUUUUUUCUGCAUUUCGAUUUCCAUUUUUGUUUCUGUUAAUGGGUCUCUCUCUUUGGGCUCUCUCCAUGUCGGCAUAAAGAGAGAAUCCCCUUUUUGAGACUAUCAAAUUGCAAGAGAUCACCAUAUCUGGAGAAAACCCCUCUUUCUUUUCUUCAUCUCCUUUUUUGUUUAGAGUAAAAAGAGGAAUUGGGUUUGCUUCGUUUAUCAGCAAUUCAUUUUCUUCAUAAAAUAUUUCAUUUUGUUUUCCUUUCUUGAUAAAAAGAUUUAAUCCUUUUUUUUCCUUUCUUGAUAGAUAUUCACCCUUUUUUCCCUUCUGGGUUUCUGAGUGGUGAGGGUUUUUGAUUUCAUUGUUUCAUUUUCUUUAUUAAAUUCAAUCUUUUUUUCUUUUCUGGGUUUUUGUCGGAGGUCGGGUUUUGGGUUCCAUGGCUGCUGGUCCUGAAAUUUCUGGUGAAGAAUCAACAACUGUGGCUGCUCCUCCUCCUCCUCCUCCUGCUGUUGUUCGUCAAUCUUCACCCAAAACCGAUGUUACUGAGGUUAAGAUCAACGAGAGUGAGAAUAUCAAUGUUGCUAAUCCCGAUGAUGAUGAUGAUGAUGAUGUUGUGAAUGAUGUCGAGUCCAAAAAGGGGUCUGAUUCUGAUCCAAAAUCAGAAAUGAAAAUGCAAGAUAUUGUUGAUAUGUUGUCGACUUUGAAGUUGAAUCCCAUGGCUAAGGAAUUCUUUCCUUCUUCAUACUCCCCAAUUUAUCGCAACGAUGAUCAGCCUGAGCUAAACCUCAAUUUCUUUACCCCUGCUUAUUAUACGAAUUCUACAGGGGAUGGGAUUGAAGGGUACCCUAAUAACCGCAGGAGGAGAAAUACGUAUAGCCAGGGCAGAAGAAGGUUGAAUGGGAGAGCUUUCAGAGCUCAGAGAGAAGAUAGCAUUAGGAGAACUGUGUAUGUUUCUGACAUUGAUCAUAAUGUCACCGAAGAGCGACUUGCCGCUCUGUUUAGCGCCUAUGGGCAAGUUUUGGACUGUCGAGUUUGUGGCGAUCCACAUUCACGUCUCCGUUUUGCAUUUGUAGAGUUUGCUGAUGAGAAUUCUGCAAGAGCAGCUCUUAACCUUUGUGGCAUAAUGCUGGGCUUCUCUCAAGUUAGGGUCUUGCCUUCAAAAACUGCCAUUCUUCCUGUGAAUCCAACUUUCCUUCCCCGGUCAGAGGAUGAGAAGGAGAUGUGCGCAAGGACAGUCUACUGUACAAAUAUAGACAAAAAGGUUUCUCAAGCUGAGGUGAAGAAUUUCUUUGAAGCAAGAUGUGGCGAGGUUUCUCGCAUCAGGCUUUUGGGAGAUCAUGUUCAUUCAACGCGUAUUGCGUUCGUUGAAUUUGUGAUGGCAGAGAGUGCAAUUAUGGCAUUGGAUUGCUGUGGACAGACACUGGGAAGCCAACCAAUCAGGGUGAGUCCUUCCAAGACACCGGUGAGGCCUCGAGUGGCUCGUUCUCUUCCAACCAACUAAUCAGAGAUCCGUAACGUAUGCAUCCAUGAGAAGCUCUCUGUCGGAUAUUUUUGUUUCGUUCUUUUUCGCUAUUAUGUACUAGUUAUGAGAUGACAGACAGCUUCUAUUAAUUUGAAGCUUUGGAUCCAAUCCAAUCCUUUAUUUGGCAACUUGUUUUUGGUUAAUUCCAUGAGGUUCCUUUGAUUCUAA